UGUGUGUGUGUGUUUGUGUGUGGAGAAAAAAUGCUUCAAAAGUUGCUAAUUCAGUGGCUAAAGGUGGCUUUCGAAGUGUUUGAAUGAAAAUCAGAUGAAAAUGUGUUAGUGCCGUGAAAAUCAUCUGCAAGGGAUGAUACGAUGGAAUCGGUUCUAAUCAGUACCUUCAGCACCUUCAAACCCUUGCCACACUUCCUCCCACCGAAAAGUGAAUAAUUUCCGCUACGGAUUCUGUAACUUUUCCUCUUAAGCUGAAGCCUUAAAAGGGAGGCUUUAUAAAGAGUUUUCCUGCGAGGAUUUGAAAUGUGAUAUGGAAAAGUGAGUUUCAUAUCGGUGAAGUUUGCGUAGCAAAACCGUGCGUUACGUUCUUAAAACUUAAAAAGAAAAGAAAGAAAAAAACAUCGCAUUUCUCACGAAUCCUGUCAAAUUGCAAAAAGAAGUGAUCAAUCCAAUAAAAAAAAGCAAACAAAAGUAUGAAUAAUCGUUUUGGGCAAGUGUGGUAGUGUGACUUAGUGAGUGUGCGUGUGAAUGUGCGUGUGUGUGUGUGCCGAAUUAAAAUAAAAAGCAUGAAAAGUGAUUCAUAGUAGGGUCAGGCACCGACCGGAGCAAAUGGAAGGCAAAGGAAAUAUAUAAAUUUAUGAUAAUGAUUGCGCAUCACACCCGCAGUGUGCGACGAAAGUGAUUCAUUUGGCGUUUUUGUUUUUGCAAUUCAAAAGCACACCUACUACUACGGCUACUACUUCAAACCCAUCCCUUCUUCUUCUUCUUCUGCUUGGUGAAAAUGAGAAUGUAAAAAUUGGAAUAUAUUAAUCAUGUGCACUGUAGCAAAGGAAGUGAAAAAAGGAAAAAGGUGCACAAAGUGAAGUGCUAUUUGUGCUUUGUUAUCUUUGUGCUUUUAUUUACGGAAAGUGUGUAUGUGUGUGUGUAUGUGCGUGCGUGUGUGUGUGUGCUAGUUUAUAUUUUCUUGUGCAUUCGGUGUCUUUAUGGAUCGGUGAGCGUUAUCGAAAGUGCAUUUAUUGAGGAUCAUUAAAAAGCGUUACCAUUCUCAUCGUGGAAGAAACAAGCAGCAGCACCAGCAGCAGUGGCCAUCCAGACCUGCCAGACGCCAAACCGAAGGAAGCCGAAGUAGCGCCACCCGACCGAUAGGAGCAGCAACUAGUAUGCUCCCGGAGGAAUAAACCCAUUGCAAGGACUCUAAGGAGAGAAUGUUUCCAUAGCAAUGGGAAAAGCCGCGCGACGGUCAGUUGCGUCAGAUCCGUCGUCGCCGACCUUACCCUACCACUAUCAACAAGAGCAGCAGCAGCAGCAACAACAACAACAACAACACCAUCAACGGCAAGUGCAUCCACCAGAGCACUUGUACUAUCCCUCAUCCUUAUCCUACUCCUCUUACACGCCUUCAUCACCGUCCUCACCGUCCUCGUCGGUCUACGCGGCAGUGGACUCCUUUACCGGUGCUAGCUACUCGGUACCGUCCCUUGCCUUCCCGUCAACCCCUGCCGGUCCACAGCUGCAGGCACCAAGAACGGCAACGCUUCAGUCGGCUCCAUCGGCCUUUGGUUCUUCAUCGCUAGCACCGGGUGGUUCAGAACCAGCUUCCGGUACGAGCGAUCUGUUCAUCCAUUCGUCUACCGCGGCCACACCCAACAGCAAUAUCACACCGGAGUUCAGUCCAACACCCCAAACCAGUCCCGUAACGUACGCUGCCCGGGCAAGCGAACCCAGCAAGACCGGACCCCCGGUAACUGAGCCUAUCCAGCCCACCCAAGCCACCCUGUUACCGUCAUUUCGUCUCUCCAGCAACCAAACGCAGGUCGACCGGGAACGGGAACGGCUCAGGAUGGAGUUUUACGCUACGUAUGACGUGAUGACCGGCGUACGGAUAGCGGCCACGCUCGGCGGUUUCUUCGGCCUAAUGGUGUUUCUCGUUAUCUACAAGAGCCGCACGCGGUCCACGGCUAAAGCACUCAAGGAUCCAACGAUAGCGGCUGUGGCAGCAGCUGUCAUACAGGAGGAGGAAGAACGCGAGCUACAGGAAGCAAUAGAAGCGACAGCAUUCUCGUUACUACAGGAAGAGCUAAACAUCAACUAUCCAGGGUUGCAGCGGGACCGCUUACUGUCGCUCGGUAACAUUAGCGCACCGCCGAUGCUGAGUCGUGGCCGCCGUAUGUCCUCGAUUAGUGGCGGCUACAGCAGCCUGUUGAACCCGUCGCGACGCUUCUCAUACAGCAGUACGCGGGGGCACCGGAACAGUGUUUCGGUGUCCUCGCGGGUACUCAGUGCCUACAAUAUGGGUGGCAGCUUCGGACAGGACGAUUACGUGCUCGAAAGUGACGGUGAGGAGGCGGACGAUGAGUUUGAUCAGUUUACCACUACCGCCGAAAUUGGAUAUCCAAGCAAUUAUCUUUCUGUGCCGAAUAAGUGCAACGAAUCUCGCCGCAGCAGUGCGAUGACGUGCUGCAGUACGGAGAGUUCCUUCCUCGAGCGGCGAUGCUCCGCCAUCACGCUCGGCCUUUCCUCCUUACCACCGAUAUCGCGGUCACCGUCAAGGCAGCAGAGUCGUGACGAUACAACCGACUGGGAACCGUUCUACCCUGGCAUCAAUAUCAUCGAAGCGACACCGAAGUCGUCCCCUUGUCCCAGUGAGCGGAUUGCCCAUCGAAUCCACGGCACGGAUUCCGAGCGGCCUUCGACAAGCCGGGGACGGACGGGACAGCUGCUCACAACGCAAGCCUCAACUUCUGGCGGACCGCGUGUUGUUACAUCCAUGUACGAUGACAGCACGAUCGAUUGUAUCUCGGAGUAUCCGAUCGGAUGUACCAUAGAGGACGGCUUCGGGUACCGUCAACGGCAACAGGCGUCUACAUCGUCGACACGCCACUAUGGCAACGGACGGUCCGAUGAUGUUAGUUUAGCGAACGGCAGCGUACUGCACCAACCGCGUACGGUCAGCGUUGCCGAAUGUCGCAACGCCACCGUACACACUAAUACCAGUAGUAAUAGCGCAAAUAUUAAUCACAGCACCACGGUUCAUCCUAGCGUUAGUAGCGGUGGCGCUGUACGACGUGCACCCUUAGCAUCGCUCAGUUCCUUCAAGAUGUCGUCGAUAGACUGUCAGGAUACGGAGCCGAAGAGCUGUGGUUCGGAUUCGGUGUUCGGUGAGGAUAGUGGAGCCGACACGGAUGAAGAUCUGCAGCAGUUUAGCACGGACAGUGAUGAGCUCAGCUUAACAAUGCCGUACGAAGAUGAUGAAGAAUCACAAGACCCGCAGCAGCGGGUACAACGGGUCGGUCCGAGCCGUGGUGCACUGUACCGGCGACAGUCAACGUUGGCACAGGGUGACGAUGAAGAUGCGGACGAUGGGACACUUUUACCGCGGGACGAACGGUCCGGUGGGCCCGGCGAGCAUACCAUGUACGAGAUCGAGCACGAGCUCAACGAUCGGCACCAGCAUCAGCUGCAUCAGCCGACAACCGAUACUAGUUAUUUAAGUAGUCUUUCAAUUAGCCACCGUUCCGGCACCAAGACCGGCACAAGGUCAAGCGAACGGGGUGGACCGGGCGUGGGGAAACGAAUCGAAACGAAAGCAAUCAUCGAAAGACAGCAACCAAAUGACAACGGUGCGAGCUUCACCAGUAGCAGCAGCAAUCAACCGAGGCAGUCACCGCUCGGGGCCAUACCGAAGGUACCGCACUCGCGCGCCCCAACAACGAUGCUGACGACAGCGUCAACAGCACCACCACCAACCGUGACGGUACAUCUGCCGGAUGACGAUCGACCGAGUGGUAGCAGUAGACGGAACACUAGCGAACCCGAUAGAAGCACCAGCCGAUCCGGAAGUUCGGAUACGACGCGACAACAGCAGCAGUGCGUUGAGGUUAAUGUUAUCAUUAAGAACAGUAGCAGUAGCAACACCACCAUUAAAAGUCCUUCUGUGAUUCUGGAGCUACCGAUACUGGCGAUCGACGAGGAUGACGAUCCAUCCUCGUCGGCGCCAGCCCUGUCGGCGAACGAUCCCUGCAUUCCGGGACCCUCGAGAAAGUGGUCCAAGGAAACACUCUUCUAGUCACGGGCGUGCAGCAGUGCGUUCGUUCUGCGCACGGCCACUCCACUACCGCCAACACCUUCCGCUUCAACACACACCGAUCGAUCUGUCAAUCCGUCCAGAACAACUCCAAGCUUGAAGCCUCUCACUGGCAUCUCCCGUACGAGUGCGCUGCUUAGUGGUCUGUACAACACACACCGGUCUUCUUUAACGGAAUGCACA